AAAAUCAUCGUGAUGAAAUUGAAAAAAUACGCAAACAAUUACGUAAUAAAAAAGAUGAAGAAAAACAACGAAUGGAAAAUGUUCAGGACAUUAGUGCUCAAAUUGAAAAGUUAUAUCACCAAUUGGGAACACUGGAUCAAAAUUCGAACGAUAAUCAGUCUUUAGAUGUUGAAUGGAAUCGAUUAGAAAAACAACGUAACAGAUUGAUUCAAGAAAGUCAUGGUUUACGACUUCGUGGCGAACAAAUAAAUGAUGAUUUGAGAAAAUUGCAUACACAGCAAGCGGAUAAACAAUGUGAAUUAGAAUCAAUACAAAGUAUUCGUCUACAACAUCUACAGUUAUCUGAUCCAGAUAGUUAUAAAGCUGUUAUAUGGUAUCGAAACAAUAAAAAUUUGUUUAGAAAAUGUGUGUAUGAACCAAUGAUUUUAUCGCUGAAUAUCGAAAAUCAAAAUAUGGCAAAUUAUGUUGAAUUUAUCAUACCGAAACGUGAUUUAACAGCUAUGUUUAUCUUUGAAGAUACCGACGAUAUGAAAUUAUUCAUUAAUGAAUGUCAUACAAAGCAAAACUUAGUUGUUCACGUUUCAGCUAUACCACAACUGACAUUGCAAGAUUUUAAAACACAAGCACAACCAAUUGCAAAAUUAAAAUGUUAUGGUAUUACGAAUUAUUUGUUAGAUGUCGUCAAUGAUUCUGAUCCGGUAUUAUGUUAUCUAUGUGAAACAACAAAAAUGCAUUUGAUUCCGAUUGCUGAUGAGUCUGCAUUGGAAUCAAUUGAUUCAUUAAUUAAUAAUAAAGAAUUAGGUUUCACAUCUUUUUUUAUGAAAAAUUUCUGUUAUAGAAUUGUCACAUCAUGUUAUUCAAAACAAAUAUCAUCUACGAAUGUUCAAGUGCAAACCCACAGUUUUUUAACUGAUUCAGUCAAUCAACAACGAAUACAACAACUAGAAAAUGAUUUUCUUAGUAUAACACAAGAACAAAAUCAAUUGAGAAAUGAUUAUCGUACUAAUCAAGAUGAAAUGCAUAGAGUUGGAAAAGAGUUGGAUGCUGUUGAACAACGAAAAGUAUGUUACAUAUGUAGCUCAGAUGACUUCUGAUAUGACUGCGCUCUAUGGAGCGAUAUUUAGAGGUCAGAUCUAUCCAUCACAAGUCAGAACAUGAUAAGACCUACUUUAUACGAUAUUGAGAGCUAAAGACAGUAUAGACGCAUACUGUCUGGAUAUAGAGCAUGCGUCUCUACUGAAAGACUUGUGCUGUAAGCAAUGAGAAGUGUGUGCUUGUGAUGCCCUCGCAC